UGUCACGGUCAAACCCAGUGCCCGGCGUACCCCACAGAGCUGGUCUUCGGUCUGGACAUGUCAGAUGGCGUUACCUUAGCUGACUUUGACGAACAGCGGAGGAUCAUGCUGUCCAUGUUGAGGAACAUCACCAUCGCUGAGAGCAACUGUCCAACCGGCGCUCGCGUCUCUGUGGUUGCAUACAGCAGAUACACCAAACACCUGAUCCGUUUCCAGGAGCACCGCAGUCGCAAACAUCUAAUUGAAGCAAUAGAGAACCUUGCUAAGGAACGCACCUCAGAACAGCCGCACCUCGGAGCCGCCAUGUUAUACGUGGGGCGGAAUGUCUUCAAACAUGUCCGGGCAGGGCAGUUGAUAAGGAAAGUGGCUUUGUUUUUCACUAGCGGAGAGUCGCAGCAACCUGAUGAAAUAGUUGCUGCUGUGAUGGAGUACCGAGCGCUGAACAUCAUCUCUGCCGUCAUCUCUGCGAGGAACAAUCUGGAGAUCAGUCGAGCAUUGGAGAUUGAUGACUCUGGUAACUCAAUUUUCUCUCUGAGGAGGGAAGGGGACUUGGAAAAAGUCAAGAACUGUGCCAUCUGUUACGAUCCUUGCAUACGUCCAACGGAGUGCUCCUUCAUCCAGAAUACGUUGCCCCCUAAGCAGGUAGAUGUGGACCUGGCUAUAGUUGUGGACAGUUCCAGGAACAUGCAGGCGGAUGAAUACGCUGGUGCCAAACAGCUGCUGAGUUCUGUGGUGGAGCAGCUGGUGGUAAGUCCUCAGCCCCGCAGACCCGGAAACCAGGCUCGCAUUGCUGUGGUCCAGCAGAGCGGCACCAAGGAGGCCAGGGUGGAGUUCGACCUGCAGACCUACCAGGGUCAGGCUGGAAUGAAGCAACACCUGAUGGAGAAAAUGCAGCAGCAGAGCGGUGCCUCGAUUUUGGGACAAACGCUUGACUACACCCUAAAGGAGGUGCUGCAGAAGGGUGCCCCGCCCCGUAGAAGAAGGGCUCUACUGGCCGUCGUCGCCUCCCGAACAGAGAACAGAGACCGAGACUGGCUGCGGUACAUCUCCCUGAAGUCCAAGUGUGAGGGCGUGGCCAUGUUUGUGGUGGCAGUCGGUGAUCGGUACAACCAGACCCAAGUGAGGGAGAUGGCUGGUCUACCUACCCGUCAGCACCUGGUCCGAAUCAGCCGGCUUGAGACCCAGGAGCAGGGCUACGUUCAGCGCUUCUUCAGAGUCUUCCUUUCUGUCCUCAGCAAGAACCUGAACCCGUAUCCUCCUGCUUCAAUAAAAACAGAGUGCAACCAGCUUACCGAACCUGAGGACUUCUUCUUUGGGGAGGACUUUGCAUCUGGACAGCAGGAGCUGCUCGCUGAUGAGGCUCAAACAGGACAGUCGAUUCCAAGGCCGCAGCAGGAAGAGAUUCCCAACGUUCUGAGGGGGGGUUCAGCUUCAGGAUCUCAGCUUAGAGAUGUUUGUUUCCAGCAUAAAAAAAGCGGCAGCUGCAAGAACUUCACCUUUAUGUGGUUCUACAACAGCAAGAACGCCGGAUGCACCCGCUUCCUCUACAGCGGCUGUGGAGGCAACCAGAACCGCUUCAAGACCAGGGAGGAGUGUGAGGACACGUGUCUGAGGAAGACUUAAGGAGGAACAUUAGCUGGAAACUUCUAGAUGCUGUUGGAGAAACCAAAUGUUCUUCACUGAGGCCAAGAACCACAGAGUCUCAGGAGGAGUUUAUUUUUU